CAUCGUUAUCUUUGGGGACAAUUAGACCAACUCCCCGAAGAGCAUUCUUUAAACAAAGGUAUCUCUAAGAUGAGUCUUUUUGAUGAGAGAGGAAACUUGUGGGGGAGGGAAGACGGGAACAGGAGAAUUGUGGCUUUCUUUGCCUGCUAGGUGCUUAGGUUCUUAGGAGAUCCUUCAGAUUUUAGGGAUACAGUGGCACCUCGAGGGACUAACAAUGGAGUCCCUUUGUUCUCCGGGAGAGCCCUUUUUGGUAUAAAUGAACCCCCUCUAGAUCUGGGACGAAUGCUCGCUCCCUCCUUCUCCUCGCGCAGGGCUCAGGGGGUCGGUCGCUUGACCCUGGCAGCAGCAGGACGCAGCCCAGGUGAAGUGGGCGUGGCUCUGGGCUGCUUUCCCCAGCGCCCCGCCCAUUUUCGUCUUGGUCCCUCCCCUUCUCCGCGCAGCCUCCACCCAUUUCAGGUUCUGUCCCCAGUGUUGGAGCUGAAGCUCCCUCAGUCUCCCUCCCACCUUUUCUCUCUUGGCUUCUGCUGAACGUCUGUGCUGUCCGUCGUCCGCGCCGCUCGUGAGAGUGGGCGAGCCCAGCCAGCUUUAGAAGACGACACGAUAAACUCGGUGUCAACUGCCACCAUCCGGUACCUCCACCUUCGGCUCGGUGCCGGUCUCCCCGAGGGGGAGAGGAAGCGAGGCAGCGACACCGGUUCUCUAUAGCAACAGCGGCUGCCGACGAGUCAGCGAGCUCCGCAGCCCAGCCGGGGAGCAAGCCUGGGGGCUGCCAGUCCCUAGGGGCCGCGGCAGCUGGGCGGGGCAGCCAGAUCCAGAAGCCGAGAGCAGGAGCUCAGCCGGUGGCUGUGGAUCCCCAGGGACAGACAGCUCGUUUCUUCAUUUCCCAGAAUCACUUCGACUGUCCUGUGGCUGAUUGACCUGGCAUCUGAACCCACCUGUCUUGAACCUCAGGAAAAGUCUCCUUUGUGGACUUCUUUCACAUCAGAGGCCUUAUUUGUUGUCUAAGCCAUUGGAGAAAAUAAUGUGAUUAAGAGUGCAUGUUGAAGCUCUUUUUGGAAAAGCGCCCACUCACCCCAAAAGGAAAGUGGCUUUUUUUCUUGCCUUGCAGAACAGACAGUUUCCAAUUCAAAGAUGCCAGCCAAGACCCCGAUUUACCUGAAAGCUGCCAAUAACAAGAAAGGAAAGAAAUUUAAACUAAGGGACAUUUUGUCUCCAGAUAUGAUCAGUCCUCCACUAGGGGACUUUCGACACACAAUUCAUAUCGGAAAGGAGGGCCAGCAUGAUGUGUUUGGGGAUAUUUCAUUUCUUCAAGGAAAUUAUGAAUUGUUACCUGGGAACCAGGAGAAAAUAAGAGUUGGCCAGCUCCCCGGACAUAGUGAGUUCUUGAGGGCAAACAGCACCUCUGAUUCCAUGUUUUCAGAGACACCUUCUCCAGUGCUCAAAAAUGCUAUCUCACUUCCUGCCAUUGGUGGUUCCCAAGCUCUCAUGUUGCCCUUAUUAUCUCCUGUGACAUUUAAUACCAAACAGGAUUCCUUUGGGCCCUCAAAGCUCCCAAGACUUAGUUGUGAGCCAGUCAUAGAAGAAAAAAUUCAGGAGAAAACCAACCACUUGGAGAACGGAACUGUGCACUCUGAGGAUGUCCCAUGGAAAGGCAAUGGUACGGCAUCCCACUACAGUAAUGGCAGAGACAGUCACUCAUCUAGUCUCUCUGAACAGUACAGUGACUGGCAAACAGAGGAUAUGUUUGACACUUCUGUUCCAUGUGAACUCAUCAAGGAGAAGACAAACUCAGAAGAAUCCCUCUCUGAGCUCACAGGCUCUCUGCUUUCCUUGCAGCUGGACCUUGGACCCUCACUUUUAGAUGAGGUUCUUAAUGUCAUGGAUAAAAAUAAAUUAUAGGACUUCAGGCAUAUUGUCAAAGGUACUGACAAGCCAAAAUCAACCCCAGCUGACAGAAACAUACAAAAAGCUUCACUAGUUGCAUUUGCAGUUAUACAACGGGUUUUCUAAAAUUAGUGUUUCUACAAAAUAUUUUUUUACCUGUUAUGUUGUUUACUGUUUGAUAUGCUCAGAGCUCUCCUUGCGAAACAGAGGAAAUGAGUCAGAACAGUUUUCUGCAGGCAUUCUUGAUGGGCAGAUCAAGAAUUUGCUAGGAAAUACGCAAGGAAUCUAGUUGGGGAUAGCUCUUGGUAAGACUGCCUGCCUCAAUCAUCAUAUGGAACUUUGCAGAACUCUGACAUUCUCAGAGUGUUGUCAAAGAAACAUGAGAAGGAGGGAAGAAGGAAGGAAACAUUAGUUCUCUCCCUAAUAUUUAACAUCUAAAUCUUUUAAUCAAUAUAGACAGUUUUCUAAGAAUUAUAUCUAUUUGGGCUGCACUACACUGUAGCUAGGUCUUCAGUGUUAAACUAUUUGUAUGAUUUCAUAUUUGAACAACUAUAUGGGGUCGGGAUUUUUUUUUUUCUUUGCAGUUCAUAUAUCCCUAUAUAUUCUAUAUCUCUGAUUUUUGGACCGUCAAAUACAUGUUGGGAAGAUGACUCAAGCAAAGUAUUACUGUAACUAAAUUAUUUUUAAAGUUAAAAUAUAUUUUUAUGUGCCUUUGGCUUUUUAUUGCAGAGUCUACAUUUUAUAGGAAUUGCAUCCAAAAGUCAUCGCUUGCCUUGUUUCUGUUGGGAGGGUGGGGUUUCCAUUGUAAAUCGUGUAUGUGCGUGUGUGUGUGUUUUUUGAGAUGUAUUAAUAUUUAGCAUUGUUUUUGUUUCUUCAUCUAUUAUCACAUAAGCGCAUAGCACUGCAAGCAACAGGAUUGUAAAAUUUUAAAAAAGAAAAAAGGCACUGGUUAUAUUCACUGAUGCUUCUGCGGAGACUGAGCUGCCCCACCUAAUAUUUGGGGAAAUGUGGCUCUCGAUACAAUACUUGCAUUAAUUACAUAGGUAUUUCAUGCAACACAAUAAAAAAGUAAAUGUUAAAA